GAAAUAAUACAAAAUAAUAUUGCUGCUGGGAAAAUGCCCCACAAAGCCAAUCGUAGCGCCCACAUAUCAUGUAGUUAUCACUUUCCUUUGGAUAUACGCGCAAUGCGAUUGUCAGCAGCGGUCCAGUCUUGCCUUGUUUAUCGCCGUGUUCACUUGUCAUUCUUCGCACUCAAGAGUUGAGAUUAAAUGAAAUACGCAGUGCUGUUGGUUCUGGUGGUGGCCGCGUGCCUGGUUGUGCCCAGUGCCGCACGUGGUGGCCGCGGUCGAGGUGGUGGAUCUGUUGGCGGCCUCUUUGGCGGUUGGCGUAAAUACAAGAAGCCCUCCUCCUCGGGCAAUGGUCGACGUGUGAUGAAUGGUUCGCCAGUGCACACUGCAAUGCCAUUGCCUAAGCCCCCGCCACCACCGCCAGCGGUGAAGCCGAUGUCUGCUUCAAAGCCACAAAUGGCCGGCUAUCCGCGACAGCAGCUACCAUCUGGCUAUGGUUAUGUGCCGCCAGGUGCUACUGGGGCUGGCACGUAUUAUACCAAUGCACAGUCGCUGCCCGCUGGAGCUAUUUACUAUGCCCAACCUCCCAUGCGCUCAGGUACUGGUGACUUUUUGACUGGCAUGCUGGCAGGACACAUGAUGAGCGGUAUGCUCAUUGGCCAGCGACAUCAUGUCACUCAUGUCUACCAUGAAAAUCAAGAGGCUGGUUCUGAACAAGGCCACCAGCCGAGCAAUGGUCGCGACAUUAUAGUCAUCAACAAUGGGAAGCAGCAGCAGCUGGGCGAGCAGUCGGGGGCUUGGCCCAUGGCAACAGAUGUCCCACUGGCACCGGUAAACGAAUCUAUGCUGAGUCCUUCGUCCGAAGCAAGCGAAGAAGACACAUCUGAUGUAGAGGUGCCGAACGCUUCGCAGGACUUGCACUCUGCCGAAGCAAUGGCAACACCUGAAGUCCCAACUCCUGCUCCUGGUGGCAUCGUUUGCUUCCCCAUCAUGUUGAAUGAAACGGAUCCCGACAAUUCAGAAUUGGUUCGUCAAGUCGAGCGUGUGAUUUGCUAUCCAGUGCCCAAUCAGCCACCGUUGCCGGAGGUUCAGUGCGAGACACACAGCUAUACUGAAACAGACCCAAAUGAUUCGAGCAAGACCAUCGAGGUCCAACGCGAGGAAUGUAAUCCAGUACAGCUCAGUACAACCACAACUGAACCACCAAUUGUUGCAGGCGAAAUUGGUGGUGGCGCUGCCGGUGAGGUGGCCAGCUACGUGGCCAACAGAGCAGGCGCUACUUACUAAUAAGUUUCCGUACUGCUCCAGUUUUAAGUUAAGCUAAGCAUAUGAUAUAACUGCAUAUACUCUACAAUAAAUGAUAAUGAUAA